AUGUGGACCUUGCGGGAGCAAUUCCGACUUGGCAGCGGAAGCUACCUCUCCAAAUCUCCCCGCCUCGACUUCCGCCGCGGGGGUCCCAUUUGCGCUGUCCGCUCCGGCAGCCGUUGGCUGCCAGGACCAGUGAAAUUCGAGGAUGUGGUUGUGAUUUUCACUGAGGCAGAGUGGAAGAGACUGAGCCUUGAGCAGAGGAACCUAUGCAAAGAAGUGAUGCUGGAGAAUUUCAGGAAUCUAGUCUUGUUGGGAAAAGUCACAAAAUUCAAAGCCAGAAGUCUAUCUCUGGCCUUUGGCGGUCAGCAAUUUCUCAGCCACCAUGAACUCUGCAGUCAUCUUAUUCCAUAUUCAUGUGCAGGAAAUCAACUCCAACCAGGGGAUCCUUGCGCAGAUGACCACCAGCAGCGGCAGCAACAACAUUCUGAUAAAAACCUGGGGGCCAAAGCAGAAGAUCAAGGAAUGGGAGUCUCUACACCUUUGUUUUGGAGAACAAAUGAGAAGGGGACUUAAGUGGUUUUCUCUAGCCCACCCCAGGGACCACCAGUAAGCUCUCAGGGAGGCAACAAAGUGUUGAAGGUACAGCUCAGUCCAGCCCAGAGGGUAAGCUCUGGGGAAGCAGACAACAUUCCUGAGAGGGUAGAACUCUCAGGAUUUGGAGAAGUCAGGUUUAGAGGUGUGGACUAGGCUUUAGCCAGAAGUCAAACCUCUUCAGACACAGGCUGUCAUGAGCGGAGAUAUCUCCUGUGUGCAGAAAGUGUGGGCAAAGCUUUAGCAGGAAGUCACAUCUCAACAGACAUCAGAGGACACACAGGGGAAAAGCCUUAUAUAUGUGGGCAAGGCUUUAUAGAUAAGUCACCCCUCUACAACCACCAGAGUACACACUCAGGUGAGAAGCUUUAUGUAUGCAGGGAGUGUGGGCAAGCUUUUAGCCACAAGUCACACACACACAAGGGAGAAGCCCUUUGCAUGAUGUGUGGGUGAGGCAUUAGUGAAAAGUCAAACCUCAUUAAGCACCAGAGGAUUCACACAGGGGAUAAGCCUUAUGUGUGCAGGAACUGUAGCCAAGGCUUUAGGGUGAAAUCACACCUCAUCACACACCACAGGACACGUUCAGGUGAGAAGCCUUUUGUUUGCAGGGAGUGUGGGUAGGGUUUUAGCUGCAAGGUAAUCCUAAACACACACCAGAGGACACACAGGAGAGAAGCCUUACGAGUUGCAGGGUAUGUGGGCGAGACUUCAGCCACAAGUCAGCUCUCAGCACACAUCAGAGGGUGCACUCAGGGCAAAAGUCUUAUGUGUGCAGGGAAUGUGGGCAAGGCUUUAGCCAUAAGUCAGCCCUCAUCAGACACCAGAGAACACACUCAGGGAAAAGCCUUAGGUGUGCGAGGAGUGAGGGUAUGACUUUAGCAAAAAGUCAGUUGUCAGCCACAUCAGAGGGCACACUCAAGGGAGAAGCCUUGAUUGUGAGGUAGUGUGGGUGAGGCUUUAGCUGGACAUCACUCCUCAUCACAGAGCAGAGGACAUGCUCAGGGAGAAGCCUGACGGAGUGAUGGUAAGGUGUUAGCUGGAGGUGACCUCAUAAGAAACACUGGGAAUCAAAUCUCUCCACCAUCCAUCACCACCCUGCUAGAGCUCUGCGAGGGCUUCAGGGACAGUCUUCUGACCCCUUACACCCUCUGUGAGUAUGAAGAUGGCAGAGGUCUAGCCUCUGAGAACAGAUGUACCAAGUGAUGGUCCUCUUGGAGAAGUGGUCUUUGCUUCUACCUACUUCCUUCUUCAGCUGUGUCCUUCUAUUGGCUUCUAUGACACUUUCCUGUUCUAUUUUUGUCUACAUAUCUAGCCUUUGAUGCAUCCUCUUCUGCCCCACUUUAGGUAUUACUCAGGGUUCAGUCUCACCCUCCAAUCUGAGGGACUCCUUAACCAUGUCUCCCUCCUAACCCUGCAGUUCCAAAUCCAGAUCCCUUUAACCACACCUCCGAAUUCUUCAGUCUCAGGAUCUAAACCUCAAAACCAUGCUAUUUGGCCCUCCAAGGACAGGGAUAAGGUUACUAGCAAUGCCCCACCAUUGGCCUUCCAAUACCAAGUUUUAGGGUUUUUAAACACAGCCCCUCCUGAGCCCCUCAAUCUCAGUGCCCAGUCUUUUCGCCAUACUCUCACAUCAGUCCUCCAGUAAUUGUUCUAAGGCCCUUUGAACCAGACCCACUCUCACUUACCUUACAUUCCCAGGGCCCAUGUGGCCCAGGUUCCUGGUAGUUCGCCUAACUUUCUUCUUGGCCCUAGUGCUAUAUGUCAAUGGGUAUACCCUGGAGGGCUGUCUACUCAGGCCUCAGUGUCUUUAUUUGCCAAGAGGAUAUUUGCCACAGAGAGGAAGGAGAGAGAUUUUUUGUAACACCCCCCCACCACCACCAAAUCUGGCUUGGUUUGGGGCUGGAGGAGAGAUAAAAGGGGUUGUUGGUCCAGAUGCCUUUGUCCACAGCCUCUCACCUGGAGGUGGUUGUCUCCAAGGUUAGCCUGGUGGGGGGUAAGGGCCGGGAGCACCUGCAGUGUAGGUUCCCCCCACACACAAUUCAACUCAGGCACUACUGCCUGGUCUACCACCAUAGUGCUGCCCCUUUUCCCAUGGCCUUAGCUAAAAGCCACAGAGGGAAGUCUGUUUUCUCUAGGGGUUGCCGAGCAGAGAAGAGGGGACCCCCCACCAUCAUUCCAUGUGACAUCAAAGCUGCCUCCUGAUAGGGCAACAAAAGUGGAAAAAUUAAUAGUCUUACACCUUGCUUUAAACAUGAUGGGAAAAAAAUGUUUACUUUCUCUUAAAAUCCAUGCAGAAACUGUAGAGACAGCACACAAGUCUGGCCCAGCACGACCACUGUCAGGCCCAGGAAUCAGGGAGAGAUGCAGAGGGGACCUCUGUCCAGGUGGGUGCAGAUAGCUUUGGGUGCCUUCCAGUCAGGAGUCACUGCUUCAUGGACAGGGGUUAAAAUUGGCCCCAUCUCUGCAAUGAUAGUCUUGAGGUGUUGUGAGAUCUUCACAAUAAAGGAUUGUGGGAGGAGACAGGAUGGGAAAAGGAGGCAAACACUUCCAGGACUGUUGGGCUUCAUAGAAUUUCCUGCCAGGGAGGAAUACCUGGAUUUUUGCUGUAGGGGCUGGUGGCUCAUUUCUUUCUUUCUUUUUUUUUUCUUUUUAUAAAUUUGUUUAUUUAUUUAUUUUUGGCCAUGUUGGGUGUUCAUUGCUGCGCGCAGGCUUUCUGUAGUUGCGGUGAGCGGGGGCUACUCUUCGUUGCGUUGCGUGGGCUUCUAAUUGCGGUGACUUCUCUUGUUGCGGAGCAUGGGCUCUAGGCACACGGGCUUCAGUAGUUGUGGCUCGCGGGCCCUAGAGUGCAGGCUCAGUAGUUGUGGCGCACGGGCUUAGUUGCUCCACGGCAUGUGGGAUCUUCCCGGACCAGGGCUCAAACCCAUGUCCCCUGCCUUGGCAGGCAGAUUCUUAACCACUGCACCACCAGGGAAGCCCUGGUGCCUCAUUUCUGAUGGGUGAUAAGGCAUCUCAGACUCAGGGCUGCAGGACCUGGUAAGUAAAACUGCGAUCAAGGCAGCCCCUGUGUUCUUGCUGGCCUUGUCCUUCAACCUCACCCCAAAAGCGCUCAGCUUUGUCUCUUUCGGGGUAGUUUCAUUUAGCCCUCCAAAUGCCUCACUGCUUUUUCUUGAGCUUUGUCCCCCGGCGCAGAUUUCUCCCUUUGUUUCCAAAAUUUUCUUCUAAUGCUGAAGUGCCUGCAGGAUGGAACUGUGGGGAGGAGGGACCUCUUUGGCUUUGGGAGGGACCAGAGAGGGCACCCAAGGGGCUACUUGCUGCAUCUGCUUGUUUCCCAGUUUCCAUGGGGGUGAGGAUAGAACCUUUCAACGUCAGCUCAAGUUGCUGUCACUGAUUCCCUACCUUCCGCCUCCCUGGGUAAUAGAGGCACCCCUACUACGUCACACUAUUUUCGCACAGUUUUAACACGUCAGGGGGUCUGCAUUUAGAGCCACUUUCCCAUGGGGCUUUGUGGGAAUGAUCUCUCGACUCCAUUCCAGGGGUCCUGGUUUUCUGCAGCUGUUUCCAUCAUCAUUCCUUCUUUUCCCUUGCCUUGUUGCCCCUACUUUCCGCAUCUUGAGAGGGUAUGAAUAGCCCUUCAUACCCUGACCUCAGUAAUACCUAUUUCUGGGCCUUAGGGUGAGAGGUGGAAUUAAGGCCCCCAAAACUGGCUUCUGUUAUUCAGAUGCUGGGCGCUAGGGUAAGCCUCUUCAGGAGAGGAAGAGAGGAGGAUGGCCAUGAGGCCCAGGCAUUUGUGAGUCAUAAGGGGAUCAUGGGCUCUCAGAACCUUAGAGUCCCAGACUCAUGAAUCCUAAGUGGCUCCUGGAGAACUGGGAUAAAGGGAGCAUCACAUUAGGCAUCCAGGGCUGCUCAUUUGGGCAAGUGAAUCCCACUCUUCAUCUUGACCUUGGAUGAUUCAAGGGCUCAUGUUCCCCAGGGCCAUAUAUGACCAAAAAUAAGCCUCUGGGAGAAUUUGUGGAAUGAUGAAUUCAUGGGAGGGUAUUCUUGGGUAAAAGAGUGUUUGAACUUGGAGAUUCCAAUUUAAUGAGAAAGGAUUUUGUGUGGUGGAAGGCUGACAGGUGAGAAAACUUGUGAAUGUUCUAAAAGACACUGUGAAGAAGUAUCUGUCUUUUGACAUAUCCAAAUUUUGCUGGAUUUCUAUUUUACUCCCUAUUC